GAAUCUCCAGCUCUGCAAGAAUUGCAAGAUAAAAAGGGAACCACGGAGCGGCGCAGAGCGGGCCGGCGGCGGAUGGCAGCACCAUGUCACCGGGCAGCGGGGUGAAGAGCGAGUACAUGAAGCACUACCGGGAGCCGCGCUGGGACGAGUACGCGCCGUGCUACCGCGAGCUGCUGCGCUACCGCCUCGGCCGCCGGCGGCUGGAGCAGGCGCACGCGCCCUGGCCCUGGGAGGCCUGGGGCCCGGACUGCGCCUCGGACGACUCGGCCUCGUCGUCGGCGUCGGGCCCCGAGGAGGAGGCCUCGGAGGCCUCGGCGCGUGAGGAGCCUGAGCGGCCUGUUGGGGAGCGGGGCGCGGAGGCCGGGGACGAGCAGGACGCGGCGCAGCCAUUUGAAGAACAGCAAACCAGAGAGGAGGAGACGGACAGGUUACCCGCUGGUGUCAAACCCCGACAGCAACCAAGUGCCUUAUUUGCUAGAGGAAGUAGGAAAGCCGUCAGAAGCCCCCAAAGAUCAUCCACUAAAAUAAAAGGAAACAAGCACCCCUUUGCUCUUUACGGCUGGGGAGAGAGGGAGACAGACACGGGAAGCCACAAGACCCACAACGUCUGUGCCUCUGCCUCGGUGCAGGAGAUUCACGAGUCGGCGCUGCGGGCCCGGAGCAGGAGGCAGGAGGAGAAGAGGAAGCUGGCUGCUCAGCGGCAGCAUGCGCACUCGGUGGAGGGGCAGAGGGGCAGGACAGCGAGGGCCCCCCCUGCAGAGAACCCCUGGGUGACAGAGUACAUGCGCUGCUUCUCAGCAAGGGCCUAGAGCUCCCCAGGGGCCAGUCUGUCUGUGACCCGGAUCUGGCCGAGAGACCUUGACCAUGCAGGGCCUGGUCCUGUCGUGAAUCUCAUCACCUACGUCAGCAGCAGCAGGGCAGAAAGCUGAAGCCACAGACACUUGGUUACUGUGAAGACAAGCCCCAGGCCCCUGGUAUUCUUGUUAGAGUUGUGUCUGAGCAUCUUAGCUUUGAGCUACUGACACCAGAUGCCUUUAAACAACUUAUGAGGCUUCCGUCCCCCUCUAGGUGGCACAGGUGGGAUGUGUCACCCACCUUCGGGGCCUUCAACUCACACUUGUGAGGUCCUUGUCCUGCACAAGAUUUGUGUUUACCGACACAUGUGGUUUCCUUUGUGAGAGAGUAUCCAGCAAGUAUCACUCCGUGACCUUGGGCCCAGUUCUCCCCAGGAUCUAGCGUCCAUCUGUGGUGAAGCAGGGCUGUGAUGGCUACUGCAGGUACAGAGGUGCUUGUGUUUCAGCUCACACCAACCUUCACGCAGGUCGUGUGUUCACGAUUGGGCUGGCGAGGCCUGGCUUCUCUGGAUGAUCUCCUGGGUGCUCCCUCAGCAGUUUAAUAGCCACACACAUUCCAGUAGACAAGGCCACUGUGUGUAGGUGGUUAUGCAGUUGCUGUGAGCCAGUUCACCUCUUUAAUGCUGUAGCAUUUCUCUUCAGAACAUAUAAGAUACAGCUGGCCACGGUUACAGGCUGUGGAUUCUAGCCUCUUCUGCAGCAGCUGGCAGGACAUGUAGAAUUCGUGCCCUGGAAUCACAUGGAAUGAACAGACACUCUGAGACACUGCCCACCUGCCUUCUCCACUCUUCCUUCUGCAGAACUUGGUCUUGAUGGUUUGUGGUGUUCCUGCUUCAGGUUGAACUGAUUGUUUGGUUCCUGGCCAGCAGAUCUUACCUACACCUUACAGGAGCUUAGGGGCCGGAGCGCAUGCAGCUGUGUCUCAGCAGGGCUGAUCCUUUUGUGCAUUUGCCUCUAGGAUGGAAAAUGGUCUUCACAUUUAUUUCUCAGGUGCUGGGUGGGUCUCCCUGCUGACGAGGCCUGUCCAGGAAAGACGAGGGCAGGUGCUCUAGGGGACCGAGCAGGACCUGCAGCUUAGCCCCUGCGGGCGUGAGUGGAAAGUUGGUGUUGGACUUGAGGCUUGACAUGCCUGGGUUUUCACUCAAGGUCUCUCAAGUCCGCUGGCUCUUAGCACACAGACUGGUCUCACUCCACAUAAAUUCACCAUCUUGUCACUGUGUCGAACCGUGAAAGUGCCUCUUAGAGCCUCCUGAGUGCUGUAGUCCUGAGGCGAGUCCUCUAUGGAGAGCGUGCCUUGUCGUGGAGGAGUGUGCUUACCAAGAAGAAGUUCUACAUGGUGUCUGACACCCUGGCUAUGAGUUCUAGUGAACUUUGAUUUAACCAGUCACACAUCUUCAAACGCUGUGAGAACCUGUGGGUCACAGAACCCUGGCAUAGUGAUAGUGUGGCUCAGGUGGUUUCACCCACUGGCUGAGCAUCAUGUUGCAUCUGACUGUGUUGGAAAGUCAGCCGGGCAUGGCACCUGGCACCCCACUCCUCCAGCCUGUGUCUGCUGGAUGUCUAGGAAACACACUUGUCUGUGCGUUUUCCCCAACUCCAGGCCUGGAAGGCAGAUUGGCAAGUCUCCCUUCUUUAUAAGUGAAGAUGGAUGGACAAGGUAGUUAAGGGACUUCUCAUGUGCAUGAACAACCAGUGGCUGAGUGUGGUAGCUGUGGUCCCUCCUGUCUGAGCCCUCGAUGGUCGAGAUCCUCCUCUUCCCUUUUCUCAAGGGCACAGUUACCUUUUGAGCCUAUGAAUUUUAAAAAAUUGUGACAAUGUGACAUUCCUACUUUCUUCUUUUAAUGGGAACUGAUGUGGUGGUGAUCAUGUUCCUAAUUCUUAGGACAUGUUGCAAGACAGGGAGAUAGUGUAAAGCUGCCUUCAGGUUGGAAAAGUAGAACUGGUUGGACCCAGUGUUAUUUAAAUGCUACAUAAAGUCUUUUUUAAACUUUGGCUUUAAGUUCUUAUUAAAAUAAUUUGCCAUAAAAAAGGGAACCACGUAUAUACUAUACAUAAAAGAUUAGCAUGUAUGUAAUCUUCAAUAAAAAUAAAAAUCAGAUACCAAUAUAUAAAACCUAAACUGUAGAACUCAUGAUUAAGAAAAUGGGUUAAGAAAACUAAGAAGGAGACUGUCAAUGUCACAUCCCUAUAAUCCCAGAGGCUCUGGAAGCUGAAAUGGGGGGAUCAUGAGUUCAAAAGCCAGCCUCAGCAACUUAGUGAAGCCCCAAGCAACUUAGCAAGACCCUCUUUCAAAGUAAAAAAAUAAAUGAAUAAAUAAAAAGGACUGGGAAUAAGUGACUCAGUGUUUAAGGUUUAGUCCCUGAUAUAAAUAAUAAUAAUAAUAAAUAUAAUAAAGGAAGAAGGUCUAGGGGCAAACUCUGUGAUAAAGCACCAAAAGAAUAAAGAGUACAGUUCUGGUGUGGGGCAAGUUGUCGGGGACUAGAAGGAAAUUCUCCUUCAAAGAUUAGCCUGACAGCCCCCUGGGAGACAUCCUGCCUGGGAGGCAUCCUGCAGCUACCUAUCUCCCUGGAACAUCCUCUGGUUAUCAGGAUCAUC